GGUCCUCUCGACGACUACGGAGAAGAAGGGGCGGAAUCCCUCCUUGUUGUCCCUCCCCCUAGUGGCGGCGUCUAUUUUGCGCCCGGUCGCGCGAUGGAAGGGGCAGGGAGAACGGUCUGCUCUAGGGAUCGGAAGGCGUCGCGGCCUCAUGGCCCCGCAGACCUGCUCCCCGCGGCUGGUGCUGCUGUUCAGUGGGAAGAGGAAAUCCGGGAAGGACUUCGUGACGGAGGCGCUGCAUAGCAGACUUGGAGCUGAUGUCUGUGCUGUCCUCCGGCUCUCUGGGCCGCUCAAGGAGCAGUAUGCUCAGGAGCACGGCCUGGACUUCCAAAGACUCCUGGACGCCAGCACCUACAAGGAGGCCUAUCGGAAGGACAUGAUCCGCUGGGGAGAGGAGAAGCGCCAGGCCGACCCAGGCUUCUUCUGCAGGAAGAUUGUGGAGGGCGUCUCCCAGCCCGUCUGGCUGGUGAGUGACACACGGCGCGUGUCCGACAUCCAGUGGUUUCGGGAGGCCUACGGGGCCUCGGCACAGACGGUCCGCGUGGUGGCCUCGGAGCAGAGCCGACAGCAGCGUGGCUGGGUGUUUACGACGGGAGUGGACGAUGCUGAGUCGGAAUGUGGCCUGGACAACUUUGGGGACUUUGACUGGGUCAUUGAGAACCACGGAGAUGAGCAGUGCCUGGAGGAGCAGCUGGGGAGCCUGAUAGAAUUUGUCCACUCCCGACUCUAGUUGUCAGGUUCUGGUGGGGAGCCAGGGGUGGCCAGGAUGGGGCUGACUGCAGGACACAGGCUUGCUGAUGCUGGCUGAGAGGGCCUGAGUCUAGAUUUCUGGGACCUGGCAGGUACCGGGCAAGCCUGGGACCCUCGUUUCUCUGUGGAGAGAACAGUCCUGCCUAUUCAGCAGGAGACCUAGCGGGCAUAGGAGGCUCCACUGGCUGUGCUUGAAGCAGAAACAUCGCCAUCUCUGUGGAGCCAGGCCUCUUGGGGCCUGCAGUGGCCUGUGUGACCUUGCUUCCCCUCAUCUGGGGCAAGAGCCCUGGGAUCCCCAGUGUGGAUACUAAUAAACCUCUUCAG